AUGGCUGUCAUUGCCAUUCACCAAGCCGAGCAAGGGCAAAGGCACGUCCCAAAGACCCUUUCUGGCUGGAAGUGGCGCCAGCUUGACAAGCAGCAAGAGUGGACAGCCUGCGCACACGACAAGCCCAUAACCGAGAUCUUCACAGACCUUAUCGAUGCCGGUCGUAUCCCAGACCCGUUCUUGGACGAGAACGAGAAGCUCGUGCAGUGGGUCGGCGAGGCCGACUGGGAGUACGAGUGCAGCUUCAAGGCGGUCGCCCGCUCAGCUCGCCAGGUGCUCGUUUUCGACGGCCUGGACACGUUUGCCGCGGUCUACCUCAACGACCAGCUGAUCCUCGAGUCUGACAACAUGUUUCACACACACCGUGUGGACGUCCAUGGCACUCUCCGCGACGGCGCAAACAGCCUGCUCAUUGUGUUCCGCAGCGCGCUGAAUCAGGGCAAAGCCAUCGAGGCUAAGCUGGGCAAGCUGACGUGCUUCAACGGCGACAGCUCGCGCGUUUAUGUGCGCAAAGCCCAGUACCACUACGGCUGGGACUGGGGCCCGACGUUCCUGACGUGUGGCCCGUAUCGAGAGAUCCGUCUCGAGACGUACGACGCUGCAGUCCUCUACGACGUCUUUGCCAAUGCCGUUGUAUCGGAUGACCUGCAGCAGGCCAAGUUGGACAUCACCUUUGCGGCGGACGUUCCCAAAUCUGUGAUAGUCCAGGCCACAGUCACCUCACCUAGCGGUAAGACUGUACCGCUGGCAACGUCCUUGGUCGCUGGUGCGACAAAUGGAUCUGUGUCCACGACCAUUGCCCAGCCGGAGCUGUGGUACCCCAUCAAUCAUGGUCCCCAAGCGUUCUACACUGUCAAACUUGAGGUCUAUGCUGCUGGCAACGACACAGCCACUUCACCGACUGUCCUGGCUACAUCUAGGACUCGCAUUGGCAUCCGCCGCGCGCGCCUUGUCCAGGAGCCGCUUCUUGACGCCCCGGGCACGAGCUUCUACUUUGAGGUCAACAACGAGGCUGUUUACGUCUCUGGCUCCAACUGGAUUCCCCGCCACUCCUUCCUGACAGCCUUGACGGACGCCGACUACCGCCAGUCGGUUGACGAGUGCGUCGCUAGCAACCAAAACAUGCUGCGUGUCUGGGGUGGCGGUCUCUAUGAGCACGACGCCUUUUACGACCAGUGUGAUGAACGCGGUGUUCUUGUGUGGCAGGAUUUUAUGUUUGCCUGUGGCCAGUACCCGUGCCACGACACAUUUGAAGCGAGCGUUAGGCGCGAGGCCGAGGAUCAGGUGCGUCGCAUGCGUCGGUUCUGCUCGAUCGUGCUGUACGCCGGCAACAACGAGGACUACCAGGUGGCGGAACAGAUUGGCCUCGACUGGGACCAGGACGAUAACAGCGGCAACUGGACCACCACCAAUUUCCCUGCCCGCUAUUUGUACGAGCGCACCCUGCCUGCCGUGGUGGCUGCCCUCAACGCCCAGGUGCCGUACCAUCCUGGCUCGCCAUGGGGCGGCAUCAACACCGAGGAUGCCACCAUGGGUGAUAUUCACAUGUGGCAUGUGUGGCACGGCACUCAGGAGCCGUACCAGAACUGGCCAAAACUGACGGGUCGUUUCGUUUCCGAGUUUGGUAUGUUGGCGUUUCCGGCUCGCCGGUCCGUCGAGCGUUAUGUCACCGAUCCUGCCCAACGCUACCCACAGAGCUCUGUCCUGGACCUGCACAACAAGGCCGGCGGUGGUGAGCGGCGACUGGGCUCGUAUAUCCUGGAAAAUCUGCGCCUCAAGAGCGUCGAUCUCGAUGCCUGGAUCUAUGCGUCGCAGCUCGUGCAGGCCGAAUGCUUGGCAUCGGCAAUCCGCAGCUGCCGGCGUCAAUGGAAGGGCCGGCGGCGCGAGUACUGCGGCGGACAGCUGGUGUGGCAGAUCAACGACUGCUGGCCGGUGUCGAGCUGGGCGCUGAUUGACUUCUACGGCGAGCGCAAGCUGGCCUUUUAUGCUGUGAAGCGCCACUCGGCGCCGCUCGUGGUCGACCUUGGUCGCACAUAUGUGUCUGUCGAGGAGGGCAAGAACACACUCGAGGCACUGAAGCCGCGCCGUGCACACAUUGACGUCUGGGCGGCCAACGCGAGCCUGUCCCAGUAUGUGUCUGACGUGACGGUCACCAUGUUUGACAUUGUGUCAGGCACGGUCGUGUCGACACGGAAGCUGAAGUCGGAAAGCCUGGCAGCCAACGAGACAACCGAGCUGCUGCAUGGCCUGGCUGUCGACGACAAGACGGCCGUGCAAGCGGUGGUUCGUGACGCAUCGACUGGUGCCGUUCUGAGCCGCGCGUCCGACUGGCCUCAGCCGCUGAAGCACGUGGCGCUGGCGACCUCACAGGACAGCGGCGUCCAAGUGACGGUGCUUGAUAACCGCGUGGAGAUUACGAGCAAGGUGCCCAUCAAGGGCCUGGAGCUUUCCCUGUCGGCCGACAAGGCCGUUACAUGGUCAGACAAUGGCGUGGACGUGUUCCCGGGCGAUGUGUACAGCAUAGACGCGCCGGGGCUGUCGCGGACGGACACUGUAGAUGUGCGGUACUACGGGCUUCACUAA